AUGAAUGUCAUUGAUUUCUCCGGUCAAUGGGAAAUACCGUUUAGCGUAAGCGACACCAAUAGCGGCAUAUUCUACUGUCCGAACGAUGUUGAAAAGACGGUGAAAUUUAUGAAGAACGACUAUGCCAUCCUCCGGGCGUUUCUUACCAACCCGGGCGACGAAACGGGAGACCCGGAGGUGAUUAUUCUUGACGUUGAAGAGAGGAAAUUCAGCGUUAUGCUAAUACUGCCAUCCAAAAAUACCGAAGGAAUAAACAGCUUAGAGAGGGACCUGACCAUCGAGAAGCUGCUAUUUUGGCGCGAAAAAUGUUCCGUAGAGUUGUUGUCUAUCAGUAUACCAAAGUUUCGUAUCGCCUACGGUGUUGAUUUGAUACCGCGCGCUAAAGCGAUGGGCCUUCAGGAAAUGUUUCAGCCGUCGGAAAUAAACUUUAGCGACAUGUUUGAGGACGAUCGCCGGCCGAAACAGGUGGACCUUUUCCGACAGGAAGUGGUUUUAGGUAAGAUCAUCGGCGUCGGCGGAACCGAUUCGACCAGCUUUUAA